AUGAUGGCAAUAAUGCAGGAAGGAAAUAAUGAGGUACCAAAGGAAUUCCUGGAUACGGGCCGUACGGGGCGGAGGAACGCGAUGCCUGAUAUCUUGCACCCGCAAGGAGUGGAAGUCACGAGUGCAGACUUGCCCAAUCGAUUGCAACAACUCGUCACUAAUGAUGUAGUGAAUGUGGCGGUUGGGCCAUCAAACGUAGACAUUGGUGUUCAGAAGCCCCAAGAGCCAAGAGCAGGACAAACGCAAACGGAGAGCUGA